AUGCUCGCCAACGCGGCCACCAUGCGGAUCCUCAUCAAGGGGGGGAAGGUGGUGAACGAUGACUGCACGCUGGAGGCCGACGUCUACAUCGAGAACGGCAUCAUCCAGCAAGUGGGCCGCGAGCUCAUGAUCCCCGGCGGCGCCAAGGUCAUCGACGCCACCGGCAAGCUGGUCAUCCCCGGCGGCAUCGACACCAGCACCCACUUCCACCAGACCUUCAUGAACGCCACCUGCGCCUGCCGCGACGUGGGCGCCAUCGCGCGCGUGCACGCCGAGAACGGCGAGCUGGUGGCCGAGGGAGCCAAGGAGGCGCUGGAGCUGGGCAUCACGGGGCCCGAGGGCAUCGAGAUCAGCCGGCCCGAGGAGCUGGAAGCCGAGGCCACGCACCGCGUCAUCACCAUCGCCAACGGGACCCACUGCCCCGUCUACCUGGUGAACGUGUCCAGCAUGUCCGCGGGGGACGUCGUCGCCGCCGCCAAGAUGCAAGGUGAGGGCCGGGGCGCCCCACGUGACACGCUCAACGUCGUGGCCUCCGACCACCGGCCCUUCAGCGCCAAGCAGAAGGCCAUGGGCAGGGAGGACUUCACCAAGAUCCCGCACGGCGUCAGCGGCGUCCAGGACCGCAUGAGCAUCAUCUGGGAGCGCGGCGUGGUCGGGGGCAAGAUGGACGAGAACCGCUUCGUGGCCGUCACCAGCUCCAACGCGGCCAAGAUCCACAACCUGUACCCCCGCAAGGGCCGCAUCAUCCCCGGGGCCGACGCCGACGUCGUCGUGUGGGACCCCGAGGCCACCAAGACCAUCUCGGCCAGCACCCAGGUGCAGGGGGGGGACAUCAACCUCUACGAGAACAUGCGCUGCCACGGGGUGCCGCUGGUGACCGUGAGCCGCGGGCGCGUCGUCUACGAGAACGGCGUCUUCAUGUGCGCCGAGGGCACCGGCAAGUUCUGCCCGCUCCGCUCCUUCCCCGACUCCGUCUACAAGAAGCUGGUGCAGCGGGAGAAGGUACCGGCGGCCG